UGUUUUAUUCACCAGGGUUGGAGUAAGUGCGGAAAAUUGUGGUAUUCUUGUCGGAAUGCCUGAACCCGAAUUGAGAAUGAAAUCCACUUGGGCUGACGAGGUCGAAGAGGGAGAUUCGACUGAGCUCCCCGGGCAAUCGAUCACGUGGGAUAAAGAUGUGAAAACUGUCGUUGAAUACAAGCGUAAUGACGACGGGAAGAAAGUCAAGGUUAUCCGUCAGUUCAGAGUUGAGACGAAGAAAGUACUGAAAGCAGUAGCUCGCAGAAGAACCUUGAAAAAGUUUGGUCAAUCCAAAGACGAUGGCGCAGGGCCCGAUCCUGCGACUACUGUUCCAGCGGAAGAAGUGUUUAUGCAAUUCGUCACGAAUAAGGAAUUCGACGACCAACAAAACGCGGAUGGACUGAUGAAGCUGAAACAGCAGAGCUUCGUCCGAUGCCGUAUCUGCAAGCAAGAGCAUUGGACUUCCAGUUGUCCAUACAAGGACAAGUUGGGAGAAGUACCGAUUCUGACCGGUGCAAAGCCCAAGGACGAAAAACCUGCUCUUGGUGCAGACGAGAAGGCUAAGCCUGGGAAAUACAUUCCUCCGCUGAGACGUGAAGGUGGAAUGAAAGCCGGAGAAUCCAUGAGCAGUCAUAGAAAAGAUAUGGAUCUGUAUACCAUCCGAGUGACCAAUUUGUCGGAAAGUGCACGUGAAGGAGAUCUUCAAGAGUUAUUCAAGCCCUUUGGAUCGAUUAGCAGAGUUUUCCUCGGCAAAGACAAGAUUUCUGGAGCAUCCAAGGGGUUUGCAUUCGUUAGCUUCAAUCGUCAGGAGGAUGCUGCGAAGGCCAUCAAGGCAGUCAACGGACAUGGUUACGAUCACUUGAUUUUGAGCGUGGAAUGGUCGAACUAUCUUUUCUGUAGUAGACAACCGACGAUUUUUAAAAGGGGCAUAAAAGUGCUGGGACUGGAUCUUUUAUUGGACCGAGCGAAACUUCUUCGGCGAAUGUCGACACUGGAAGCAUAUAUAAGAAGUCUUGCCUUGUUUGACCGGCUUGACGAAUCAGAACGAGAUUGA